UUCUUCCCCUCUGUUUCUCAGCAACACCACGCCUCGCCUCGCCUCUGCCAAUUCAGAUUCAUUCAAUCGAUUAUCAUUCUUGCUGCUACCUCACCGAUUUCUCUCUUUUGAGGCCUCAGCUGGAUCGCCUCCUUUUUCCCUUCACAUUCAUAUUUUUUUAUCAGAAAAAGAAGAGAAGAAGAAGAAAUUUUUGUAUAUGUGUUGUUUUUAUGUGCCUAAUUCUGAAUUUUGUUUCUUGAGUGAGUGGAGGAGGAUGGGAUUACAAUCUUCCGAUAGAAUAUGCUGGAGGAGUAAACCAUAAUUUAUGAAUUUCAACUGAAUCAUUGUUCUAUCUAUCUAUAAAUCUAUCAAUAGAAUAGAAUAGAGGGAGGAUUAGGUUAUGGAAGAGGGCUCCACUACUGCUACUAGGGAAGCUGAAUCCCCUCAACUCAGCGAGAGUCCAACAUCUUCGUCUUCCUCAUCAUCAUGGCGCCCUAGGCCGCUUGCCUUCCGCCCUUAUUCCCCAACUCUCCACACUAAUACCAACCCUCAACAUUUGCGAGUUGUCGUUAGAAGACCGUUGGUUGCCCGCUUGACUAAGGAUAUUGUUGAGAUAUAUCAAUUAUGCAACCCUCUGUUCCGUUAUUCAGAAGAAUUGAAUCUAAAGAGGUUCUUGACGUCACCAUCAACUGGACUUUUGAAUGAUGGCUGCGAUAAUGAACAUUCAGACCUAAUCCUUACCGUAAAUUAUUCCCUGGUUAACUCAAACAUAAAUCAAAGGUAUGUUGUGAAGGAUGUUCUAGGCCAAGGUACAUUUGGGCAGGUUGCUAAGUGUUGGGUAGCAGAAAUGAACAGUUUUGUUGCUGUGAAGAUAAUAAAAAAUUUACCUGCUUUUUACCAGCAGGCACUUGUUGAAGUUGCUAUCCUAACAACAUUAAAUAAGAAGUUUGAUCCUGAGGAUAAGAACCACAUUGUUCGGAUAUAUGAUUACUUUGUACAUCAGAAUCACUUGUGCAUUGUCUUUGAGCUUCUUGAUGUUAAUCUGUAUGAGCUUAUCAAGCUGAAUCAUUUUAAAGGAUUGUCGUUGAGCAUCGUGCAGUUAUUCUCAAAACAGAUAUUGCGGGGAUUGGCUCUUAUGAAAGACGCUGGCAUAAUUCAUUGUGAUCUAAAGCCAGAAAAUAUUCUGUUAUCUACAAGUGUGAAGCCACCAGAAAUCAAAAUCAUAGACUUUGGAUCAGCUUGUAGAGAAGAUCGCACUGUUUAUUCUUAUAUACAGAGUCGGUACUACAGAUCACCAGAAGUUCUUCUUGGAUACCAGUACACCACAGCUAUUGACAUGUGGUCACUUGGGUGCAUUGUUGCCGAGUUAUUUCUUGUCCCAUUGUUUCCAGGAGUUUCAGAGUAUGAUCUUUUGCGGAGGAUGAUUAAAAUUCUGGGGUUGAGCGGCGAUGGGGAGGACGGAUGUUGAGCAGUUAAAGCC